CUGCCGAUGACCGUGAACCCUGCGGUUUUGAACUUCAUGUUGGCUCAGCACUAUGAAAUUACCAACGCCAGUGAAUGGGCUACUCUCGUACCUCAUAAAGGUAGUCGCGUACGCUUGCCAUCGAAAUCUUCCCCCGGAGAUGAGUUCGAGGUUGCCUUGUUCCACGAUUUACAUUGCCUCGAUGUAAUUCGAGCUGUCUUUGUUUCGAUGCGCGACGGCUCCAGCGCUCACUCCACAGAGGCCGAAGAAUGUUUAGGGACCAUUCGACAGGCCAUUCUUUGCGCUGCGGAUAUCACAUUGGAGCCUACAGAAAUUGUCUGCUAUGAUGGGGAAUCAUGCAAUAAUUUUGGUCCCGAGGCAUCAGGCGACAAUGUGGAGCAUAGCUGUAGGGACUGGGUUCAAGUUCGGGAAUUUGUAGAGAGUAAUCAGGAAGGAUGGGAUUUCUGA